AUGGUGAACUCUGCAACCUCUCCAGCUCAGUCUGAGGCCUUGAUCACUGAACCAUCCACUCCCACGUCUCAAAUAAGUAGCACCUGCGGUUUGACUUCAACAACGCAUACUGUGAAACCCGCGAAGAGGUCCAAACGGAAGGAACGAACCGCACGGCAAUUGGCUCAGUAUAGCCAGAUUCGUCGCUCCACAAGGCAGCGCACACAAACGAACGAUUUGAUAGUGCAAGGUAGUAGCGAUAAGCCCUUAGAACAUCUCAAAGUGCAACUGAUGCAGCUCAUAGGCGUCACUCCAUCCGAUCAACAUCUCAUGUUCAAGGGCGUGGAACUUGUAGAUUACAAAAAGACACUUCAGGAUUUGGGAAUUCCUCCGGACAGCAUGCUACAUCUCUGGACUGAUAGUCCACCGAUGAAUGCUACAACUGUGCAACUGGAGAAUAGCCAGCUAUUGAAAGUGUCAACCGCACCCAAGGGAUCCAUACCUCCUAAGAAUAAUGCCUACAAGAAUCAAGGUGCCCCGCUGGAGCUCGGUUUCAAAGGAACUCGAUUACUGGAAAACUGA